GCUGAGCUGCUGAGACUUGGACCCAAACCCAUAGCGUUUUCCCCUCACGCAUUUAGAUGGCGAUCUAGCACUCUGGACAGUUGCAUCAGUUCCUGUGUGUGCGUGUAAAUGGCAGUGUCGUGGCUCCUCCACGCUACUUUUUAUUCCCAGGACGCAGAAUAGUAACAAAUGCUCCUCUACUAGGAAAAGGCAGCGAUCAUAAUAAAUUCGUCACCCUUCUGCUCGGGCUGGCUCAACCAGGCAAAGUGCGCAGCUAUUUGUAAGCUACAAUAACAACAACCUCCAGUACCAUGCCCAUGGAUAACGUGGGGAUUUCUCUGAUUUCUCUUCCCCUCGCCGUGAGGAGACGACAUCUGCGUCAGAUCCAAAGGCAGCCUUCAGCUAAUUGCUUCGGAUCGUUCUACUAAACAACAGAAGGACUUCGUCGCGUUGCAGACUGUGGUCGCAACAGAUCGGACGCAAGACGUGGAUUUGAAGUGAUGUUGGACUGAUCGGCUGCAUUGGGUCUCUGUGUUUGUAAAGAGUCAUGGAGGAAACAGCUACCGCAGCUCCUGGCACUGGUGCUGCCCCAUCGACUCCAAGACCUCAGCCUUCUUCGUUUGCCCCCUCCCGCAGCUUGCUGGAGUGGAGACGGAGGGUUAAGUCUGAGUAUAUGCGUCUUCGCCAGUUAAAACGCCUUAAAAAAGCAGAGCAGGUCAAGACCCUGUUCAUGUCCAAUAGACAGAAGAUUGAGCAACAGACAACUCUCCUGAACACAGAGUGGUCCAAGCUCAGGAUUCAGUCCAUCCCUUUGUCAACUUCUAACGGAGCUCCGGUCAGCAAGAAGAUGUGUACAGUGGAGUUUGGAUUCCCAGAAUUCAAAGCUCAAGCCACUGCCAUGAGGCCUCUGUCAAAAGUGGCAGGAAUCCCCUUCAUGUACUCAUGGUCGCCUCUGCAGCACAACUUCAUGGUGGAAGAUGAGACGUUCCUUCACAACAUCCCCUACAUGGGCGAUGAGGUGCUGGAACAGGACGAGGCCUUUCUGGAGGAACUCAUUGACAACUAUGAUGGUGUCCAUGGCGAUAGAGAGGGUGGAUUUAUCAGUGAUGAGAUCUUUAAAGAGCUAGUGGAGGCCUUGAGCCAGUACUCUGACCAUGAGGAGGAAGAAGAAGAGGAAGCAGCGACAGUGGCAGAGCUGACGGGGAAGAAGGAGGAAGAAAGAGCGAUGAGGAGGAGCUCAGUCGAGGGUUCAGAAGAGACAAAAGCUGGGACUGUGGUGUAUAUCAGGAGGAAGAGGAGGAGCACUGCUGAGGUGAGGGACUUGUCCAGCAGCAAGAAGAUCCCCAGUGAUAAGAUAUUUACAGCCAUCGCCUCUAUGUUCCCCUACAAGGGCACCACAGAGGAACUGAAGGAAAAGUACAAGGAUCUCCUGGAGCCCCCAAGCCUGGUGAAACUGCCCCCCCUAUGCACCCCAAACCUGGAUGGACCUUUUGCCAAAUCUGUGCAGCGGGAGCAGUCGUUACACUCCUUCCACACGCUCUUCUGCAGACGUUGCUUCAAAUAUGACUGUUUCCUCCACCCUUUUCAUGCUACACCCAAUGUUUACAAGAGGAAGAGUAAGGAAAUCCGCAUAGAGACUGAACCGUGCGGCAUAGACUGCUUUCUGUUACAGAAAGGGGCUAAAGAAUUUGUCGAUCAGAAUAUGUUACGGUCACAGAGGUCUCGGAGGCGACGAAAACAGCAACGUCCCACCAGCUCCAGCUGCCCUGGACCAUCUGGAUCUGCUGAGGAAGGCAAAGAGGGCGACAGCGACCAUGAGACCACUUCCUCCUCAGAGGGGAAUUCACGGUCCCAGACUCCCACCAAGCUGCGUCCAGGGGAUGAUGACAGGGAACAGCAGGCGUGCUGUGUCGUCCAGUGGAGCGGGGCAGAGGAAUCACUGUUCAGGGUACUGCACGGCACAUAUUUCAACAACUUCUGCUCCAUCGCUCGCCUCAUCGGUACCAAGAACUGCAAAGAGGUUUACGAGUUUGCAGUGAAGGAAGUCUUGAUCCAUCGUGUUCCUCUGGAGGAUGGAGGCAUUUCACCUCAAAAGAAGAAAAGGAAACACAGGUUAUGGGCAAAGAUUCAGCUAAAGAAAGAUAAUUCAUCCAAUCAGGUGUACAACUAUCAGCCAUGUGACCACCCCGAUCAUCCCUGCGACAGCUCCUGCCCAUGUGUGAUGACCCAGAAUUUCUGUGAGAAGUUCUGCCAGUGUGAGCACGAGUGCCAGAACCGCUUCCCAGGCUGCAGGUGUAAGACUCAGUGCAACACAAAACAAUGUCCCUGCUACUUGGCUGUGAGGGAGUGUGACCCAGAUCUGUGCAUGACCUGUGGCGCUGCAGACCACUGGGAAAGCAAAGUGAUUUCCUGCAAGAACUGCAGCAUCCAGAGAGGCCUCAAAAAGCACCUGUUGUUGGCUCCAUCAGAUGUUGCCGGGUGGGGCACCUUCAUCAAAGAGUCUGUUCAGAAGAAUGAAUUCAUCUCAGAGUACUGCGGCGAGCUGAUCUCCCAGGAUGAGGCAGACCGACGUGGCAGGAUCUAUGACAAAUAUAUGUCUAGCUUCCUUUUCAACUUAAACAAUGACUUUGUAGUGGAUGCCACAAGAAAGGGGAACAAAAUCCGUUUUGCAAAUCAUUCAGUUAAUCCCAACUGCUACGCAAAAGUGGUAAUGGUGAAUGGAGACCACCGUAUUGGAAUCUUUGCCAAACGAGCUAUUCUACAAGGAGAGGAGCUGUUCUUUGACUACAGAUACAGCCAAGCCGAUGCCCUCAAAUAUGUGGGGAUAGAAAGGGAGGUAGACAUGACUUAGCUACAGUGCAUCUGCUGCCUACCUCCAUAACCCUGCCCCUAACUCCUCAGCCACCCACUAAUGCUUUUGUCCCUCUGCAGCAUCACAUCUAGCUUACAAGUCCUUAUAAACAGCCAUUGUCUCUGCCCUGUUUGCUGAAAAAGUAGGAUGUCCAUCCCUGCUGUUUACAGGUGCUCCUGCUCCGCAGACAGUGCAACACCUCCUCCCGUGACAGCUGUUGGCUCAAGUCACCGCACCUACCCACGAGACUGUAUACACCAAGCUCAUGAAACUAAAGUGGAAAUAAUAUUAAUCCCUUUGAUUACUGCAUCAAUAGGAUCACUCGUUUUUUUCUAGUUCCAUCUUUUCAAGGCAAAGAGGCUACAUUUAGCCAUCAUACAGUGUGUUACUCUCUCAGUAGUUUUUUACUGUACUUAAAGAUCAGCUUUUGUUGUUGUACCUCAACACAUAAUGUAAGCUUUUCCAUUGUACCUAAUGACGACCAGUGAAAUGCAUGUGCUGUCUCUUGGAUAAAAAAACCAUUAAACAUGUUAGCCACGACGUUAGCUUCAGUCAGAUGCUGCCCUGUGCAGUCGAUCAGUAUUGUAGUGUGAUGUUACCCUCCAGAUGUUCUUCAGAAAAAUUUCAUCAGGUUCGACAGCUUGUUUGACAGCUACGUUCCUCUGCAAACCUGUUCAGCAGCUACCGUCACCACCACAUCUUAACAGUAAAAUAAGUUAUUUGUGCAUUUAUAUCAUUGUUCUGCAAAAAUAGGCACCCAGAUGAAAAACCGACUGAUUGAAUGUAAUCUGUAGAUGAAGGUGAAGAGAUCUCAUCCUUUUCAUUUUACACAUUAACCCAUUCUGUUUGGUACUCUGACCAACAUGCAUGCAUGCCAAACAUUGAUCAUCACAUUUACAUGACCUUGAAGCCUUCACACUUUGCAAGGCAAAUAAUUAAUAAAUGAACUAGUCACAUGAUAAAUGUCUUCCUUAUCGAAAUUGUAUAAGUGCCAAAUGAUUCCAUGUAGAAAAGGCUGAAACAAUGUGGAUAUGUUUCAUGACAAACAGAACUGUGUAAAAGGUAACUUUGCAUGGUUAAACCAAUGACAAAUGCAAAAUUAUCAGUGUUUGACCAAAUAUUAGUCCCCCACAUGUGAAUGUGAAGUAUCAUGUAUCAUCUCCUCUUUAAUUUUUAUAUGUCCAAAUUUAUUAUUCAGUUUUUCAUUUAUAAACAUUGAAGCCCACUUUGAAAUGAGAUCUUUCUCAAAAGAGGUGAACAAAAUGGAGUUUACUGCUAUGUACAGUGUAUGCCUAUAAAAAUAAAAGUUUAACUUUAUACAUUAAAA